UCCCAUUCCCUCCCUUGCCCAUGCCCCUUUAUAUAAUAUGGUACAUGCAUUAAUAGUAAGUAAUAUUCUUUCUUUCACUUUUCCUCUUUUCUUUUCUUCUCUUUGUUCUUUUGAAUUACUUCCAAUGAAUCUCAUCUCUUCUCCAAAAUUUUCUUCUUCUUCAACUAAAUCAUUUUCCUUUAGAUUUCUAUUAUGUCUUUUUUUACUAAAUUUUUUUUGUGUACUUUCAUUUGCAAGUCUAAGGAGCCAUCAAUAUCAACAAAAUCAUAAAAAGCCAAUUAUGAUUUUGGCAAAUUUAACAUCAUGUUCUUUGUUUAUGGGUAGUUGGGUUUAUGAUGAAACUUAUCCAUUGUAUCAAUCUUCAUCUUGCCCAAUUAUUGAUUCACAAUUUAAUUGUCAAAUGUAUGGAAGACCAGACACUGAUUACCUCAAAUAUAGAUGGAAACCAACAAAUUGUGAAAUUCCAAGGUUCAAUGGUCUAGAUUUUUUGUUGAGAAUGAGAGGGAAGACAAUAAUGUAUGUUGGAGAUUCAUUAGGAAGAAACCAAUGGCAGUCAUUGAUUUGUAUGAUUUCAGCAGCUGUCCCACGAGGAGCUCAAACACAAUACAUCACGGGUGACCCUCUCUCUACUUACAAAUUCUUGGAUUAUGGAGUGUCAGUGUCAUUUUACAGAACACCAUAUUUAGUAGACAUAGACUCAGUGCAAGGCAAGAGAAUUCUGAAAUUGGAUGAUAUAACUAAGAAUUCCAAUGCUUGGAGAGGUGUUGAUGUCUUGUCUUUCAAUACUGGCCAUUGGUGGACUCACAAAGGGGCUCUUCAAGGGUGGGACUAUAUGGAUUUAGGAGGCAAAUUGUAUCAAGAUAUGGAUAGGCUAGUGGCAUUAGAGAGAGGCUUGAGGACAUGGGCAAGAUGGAUUGAUGCUAAUAUUGACAAAAGUAGAACAAAACUCUUCUUUCAGGGUAUUUCACCUACACAUUACAACCCAAGCGAUUGGACCACCGGCACGUCGACCGCGUCAUCAGCGAGAACGUGUUACGGUGAGACCGUGCCGAUGACGGGCACGGCAUAUCCGGGCACGUUCCCGGAUCAAAUGGGGGUGUUGAAUGAGGUAAUAAGAGACAUGAACAACCCUCCAUUUAUUUUGGACAUAACAUUUCUAUCAGCUAUGAGAAAAGAUGCACACCCUUCUAUCUAUAGUGGUGCACUCACUUCAGAGCAAAAGGCAAAUCCUGAUCACUCUGCUGAUUGUAGUCAUUGGUGUCUAGCUGGAUUGCCUGAUACUUGGAAUCAACUAUUUUACACUGCCCUUUUCUUCUAGGCAGUUAGCAUUUGUCACGAAUCAUGAAUAGAAAAGACAAAUCUUGUAUGAUACAUCAGAUUCAACUGAACAAGUAUGAAAUCCUUAGUGCGCUUGAUACCACAUGGUGGCAAUUGGUGCAAAUUAUAUUUAGGGAACACAUAUUUCACAUCUACUAAGAUCAAACAUGUACUUGAGUAAAAUUUUAUUUUCUAUUGGUGUAAAUGUUUUUAAGAAAAAGUAUCUUGUUCAUUUUGUAAUUAUUCACUUUUUGUUGGUCCAUUUUAUUGAAUUUUGGUUAUAUGAUCCAAAUCCAUUUCAAUGUCA